AAACUAUUGUAAAACGAAUGUGAAAUAAAAUGGGGGUAAGUCCCACAUGAUAAUUUAAUGAUGUCACCAUAAAACGCAGUUGGCGCAUGCGUGCUCAGAAUACCUUGAUACCAUAUAAGUCCAGGAUCGUCAUAUGUUUGACCAAAACAGAAUAUCGAAGACGAAGGCAGUUUACUUGGACACGAAUAUAGAAAUUUCAUUGGUAAGUUUUAUAUUAUAUCAAUUUAUAUUUUCUAUAUAUCUUCGUAAGUUUCCCACUGGAGUUUGUUUCAAACACCUAACAUUGAGUCAUUGACUUACUUCGUCGAGUUCAAUCAAGUAUUAGCUGCAGCACCAAAAAACAACAUUGCCUCGAGCUUUUGAAACGCGCUGCAUGGGCACGGUUCAGUAUCAUCUUUUGAAAUCUUUGUAGUACAAGUUAUAUAAUUGAUAUUUUCUAAUUCUACCAUGUUUUCUUCGUUCAAUUAAUUCCUGGCAAUGAACUAUUUAAAUUUGUCAUGAUAGAAAAAAUUCUAGAUUAAUGAUAUAGCACGACAGGAAUAAACUUUACGAGAUUUUGAAACGACGCACUGGUGAUGCAGAGCUAAUCUAACCAAGUAUAUAUAGAUAGAAUAUAUUGUCUUAAAUAAUGAUCUCCGUUUGGCUCAAUGUUCAAGAAAUUUAGAGAAAGCGUCUGCAAUUCUGUCAAAAUGCUGUGGCAAAAACUAAGGGCAAAUAUCGUAAAUGUUGUGAAAAUGUCAUAGUUAAAGACUCAAACAGCGACAACUUUACUUUGGUGUCAAUUGCGCGAUUCAUUAAAUUCCUCGUCAGGGGAUUUUAUUUUUUUCUUAACUGAUCGGAAAUAUAAAAGUUGUAUGUAAACGAUUGUGUCUUCGGGGUAUAUUCGAGGACGGAGAUAUCGAGUUAUGUUUUCUAUAAAAUGGGUCGAGCUUUUACGAUCCAUAUUCGCCACUCAAAGUAUGGAAUAAUUGCGUCAACUUACAAAUUACAUCAGUCAUGAUAAAAGCAGACCGGGCCAGCGUGAUUGUUGAAUGUUAUACUUUGUCGAAAUUGAAAAUUUCAUUAACAUGUUUAAAAUUACGCUAAAUAAUGCACAGUAUUCUCUAUAUUUAGGAGUAUAGAUAAUAUAGUGAACUUAUAUAUGGUCAAGAGAGUUAAUUCAUUCAUGCUUCACUCUGCAUGUUUACAACUCAAGUCAGAAUAUUUGUUAUUCAGAGAUUCUUCAAGCAGAGAUGCUUGCAGGGGUUUGUCAUGGUCUACGUAGAAUUAGAUUUAACGUUUCCAAGUAUUGAAAUGGCAAUCAGUGUUACCGACUUCCACAUUAUUCAUAAAUUGCUUUGAAUUCAUUUGAAGAGGAAGUUAUUAGGCUCACUAGAAGUAUCGUUGCUUCUCAGAAGUAGCAAUUCGACCACUUGAUAUCUUUUUCAAAGUCCUCCUAAAAUGGAGCAGGAUCUUCGCCAAACACUUCAGGCUCACACUCAACAGUCAUAUCACUAAAUUAUAUUUUCACAGCCAUAAACAAACUUCGCAAGGACACAUACAAGAUGGACAACCGUUUAAAGUCCCGUUUACACGAGCAAAUUUUAUUUGACAAAUUUCAUUUGUUCAAAUGCAUUUGUCACAAUAACUUUGUCACAAAUUUAUCAUCUACACGAGCAAAAUAUCUUUGACAUAUGAAAUUUGUCAAAUAAAAUGUGCUCGUGUGAACGGGGCUCAAGUCUUUAAAAUGUUGUUUCCAACUUUGUUGAUUCUGUUGUUCCAAGUAAGGCAAAUAUACACUGGCUCGUAUGACGUGAUAACUGUAGGUUUGAUUCCUACUGCGGUCAAGUAUUUUUUUCAGCUUGCCCUGUGUGUAGUGACCUGUGUCCCAGUACUAUAGCACACAAGCUAAGUAUGGAAACACUCAGAGCAACAGAAGCAAAACAAUUAAACACCUGAUGUCAACACGACAACCACCAGACGUUAGUAUCAACGUAUCUAGGCAGCAUUAGCCAAUCACAUUGCUUCAAAGCUCUGGACUAUUGUCUUAGAUCUAGCAGAUAGACAGGCUAUUAUUAAUGCAUGUACAUGUUUUAGAUAACAUAGUAAUAAAUGUUUUGAGUUAACUCUAAAACGUUUGGACUUGAACUCACUAGAAAACAAUCGUUCCAUUCUUCAAAGGUAGGCUUAAAAAUAGUUAUAUUUUUAAGUUAUAAACAUACAUUAACAAAGUAAUAUUCAAUACGAAUUAAAUUUUCCCUAAAACGUUUAUUUAGUAUUUUGCUUUUCAAUAUUUUUAUGUGGCCAUCUGUUGCCAAAGGCGAUAAUUAUUUUUGACCAAGAAUUAACAAAACUGUUACAAAAUAAAAGACACUAACUCUACCUUUUUACAUUAUUUUUAUGAAAGUAACAAAGUUAUACAGAUGCAUUAUUUUUAGGGUCGAAUUUUGACGCCUAUAUAUACUAUAGUGUUUCGCCCGCAGAGCUUGCAAUGCCUUCUAAUCUUAUUUCCUGUUGUUAUGCAAAAUAAGUAAGGCAAGCACAAACUUGAUCACAACAGAUUUUCAAAACUGAAAUGCUCCCAGUUCAUUUAUAGUCACUGAAACAUCUUAAACAAACAUUGAUAAGACUACCAAAGACUACUUCGAUGUUGGUGAAAUAAUACUGCAUAAGUGGUUACGAAAACAGGAAUAUAGGAUAAUGCUGACAAGGAUAAUUGUUCGUUUCGCGUCGAAGCUUUUCUUUGAGCAUGUUAGUUUAGUUUUUAGUCUACCUACUCAAGAUACGAUAGGUCAGCAGUAUCUAUGGUCAGCAGAUGAUCACAAUAUUUGACACUUAUUAAAGUCUGAAAAUAGACCACCCUUCACAGUUUAAUAUAUUUAAAUUCUCACUCAGAUGACUACAGCUAGGCUGCACGGUAGAUUCCAAGGAGUCUCAACUCCAAAAGUGGUAUUAUCUCACCCGUUUUGAGCGCUUUUGGUUAUAGGAUAAAGUGUUAAACACUUUCCGAGUCGAUGCAACUCGAAAUGUACAGUGUGACAAUGACACAGAAUGACUCGUGGAAUUGAUUUGUCACUGGUAAUGAUGUAUUCUAUAUAAAGAUCUUACCAUGUUGAGAAGAGUUAUAUAUUAUUAUAAACAUUUCUAUGUUCUAGUAUAAUAAAGAUGUCGGAACUGAGAGAUGACAUCACCUCAGACUUUGAAGCAAUCCUGACAGAAUGGCCAAACUUACACAAUCAAACCAAGGCAAAGAUGUCAACCAUGAAAUAUUAUUACAGCAAUAUUCACGACAGAUCGGAAGUGGUCGAGAAAACAGACAGUGAUAGAAAGAACUUGAAAACAGACUUUGACAGGUGAGAGUGUGAACAUUUCGAAAUAUCAAAAAGCUCGCAUUAUAAUAACAAUAAUAUUAAUAAGCAUAACUUUUCAGCCAUGAAGAUCUGGCCUCCCGUGCGUUGAACAUCAAACGAGAUUUGACAACUCAAGUUAAAUCAAGUGAAAACCGUGUUCAAAGAAUGAUCAAAUAUGGUCGGCCAUCUGCAGUGGGCUUUGCCGUAAUGGGUGCUGUGAUUGGUGGAGGUUUAGGUGCAAAAGUCCCGGGAUGGGGGCAAGUUGCCGCUAUUGCUGUAGGUGUGGUGUUAGGAUUGAUCGUGUUUGCAGUGGUGGGUCUUGUCCUGUAUAUCUUCUUCAAGUGGAAGUUUACAAAGUCGCGAGAUAUGUGGAAACAAAUUCAGAGUUCCAAUCAGGGGGGUGUGGAACUCGUUGGUUUGAUCAAGGAGAAGAAAAGUUGUUUGAGUGAAAUACGAAGUCAACUGGACGACAUCGAAGAAGACAACAUGGCGACUGCUCUUCCUAUUUUGCUCGAGAAACUGACAGAAUACUCGAGAGAAACGACUGGCAAUCAUGGUCAGUUUAAUCAAGUGUGAUGAACCAAACUGAACUGUUUCUGAAUCUUGUUAGCAGUUAUUUCGUCGUGGCAGCCACGACCGGGUAGGCGAUGUAAUAUGUCAAAUAUAUCUCAGUAAAUACUGAUUUACACACAUGCCCAAAAAUCUCAGCUUAUCAACAACUGGUUGUUGAUAAGUCUGGAACAGUUAGGCUAGUAUUCCAAAGGUCGUAGGUUCGAUUCCCACCGUGGCCGGGCAUAUUUUUCAAGCUCGUCCGGUGUGGAUAUACACUCAGAGUAACAUCACAAACCUUAUAUUCACCUGAGUACAUUAUACCAACACAGAAAAAAUCAAGUCUGGAACAAGUUGUUAUCAUCUUGUAACAAGGUUGAUAAGGCCAACAUAUUCGCAACAAGUUGUUCCAACAAGUCUGAUGUCGUCAACACGUAACAAGUUGUUAACAAGUACAUGAUGACAACAAGUUCGUAGCAAUUUGUUACGAACAGCCUGUAUUAGUCUUGUUGGAACAACUUGUAGCAAGUUUGCUACCGUCACCAACCUUGUAACAAGAUGAUAACAACUGGGAACAAGCAGUGCGAACACAUCCUGAUAUCGGCUCGACAACAACUUUGUUACAACUUGUUUGCAGAACUGUAACAAUUUGCGCGUUUUUACGUCAGUAGACAAGGUAGAUCCAGACUAUUUCACAUCGCUCACCGUGACUUGCUCAUGAUAGCUGCGACGAAAUGAAGGCUUGCAAGAUUAUUACUUAUUUUGUGUAACUCCUGAAUUUAUAUUAAGCUCAUUUUAUUCCUAAUUAAUAACUACUGUAAGUAAUAACAAUUUUGUAAUUUUAAUUGUAAAAUAGGACUCGCUGGAGUUAAAUUAGCAAUUGAUCCCAUAUCACGAUCAAGUAAAUAUAAAGUAUAUUCAUUUAAAUAUAAGCAGUUAAUAUCAGAAAGGUAAUCGUGUAGAUACUUUUAUAAAUAAAUUUCAUUCUUUGCAGUACUGACUCUUAACCUACAGAGUAUUUGUUUCUAAAACUUUCACCUGAAUGUAAGCCAAGUCGAAUUGCAUUCAUGACGCAGAAGACACUGCAGCCUCGUGUCUUCGCCAGGGUGAUCUAAAGUCACAAUGUCGCUUCUUGUAUACUCGAGGAAUGACGUCAUCUGCCAACAAGAUACUCUUGUAGUCAUUUCUCUGCACUCCAAAAGAAAUAUUUGGAUCGUAUAGACAAGUUUUUCCGGCGGGCUUAUCGUUAUGGAUAUACGACAAAGAGUAUUAAGAUAUCUGAAGUGAUCGAGGAGAGAGACAGAAAAUUAUUUAGCAAAAUCGUAUCGAAUCCAGAACAUGCCCUACAUGAAUUGCUUCCUGUGUGUAAACAAAGAAUUUUAAAACAAAGGGAACAUAACUUUAUUUUACCUCAAAACGAAACCACACUGAACGUUGGGUCGUCAAUGCAAUUCAACUACGCUAGUUGCAUUUCAUUUAUUUAAAAACCAGCGAAAAAUCAGAAAAAAUAGGAUGUUGGACCAACAUGCAUGUCUACAGGUAAUCCACGUCAAACGUUCCUCUCUUCAGUUCCUAACUUGAUUGCAAUUUUCCUCAAUCCCUUGCGGGAAUUUGCAAUAAAUUUUCCUUAGUUCCUGUUAGAAGUUCUUAACUUCCUCUUACAAGUUCCCAACUUCCUGUUCUGUUCUGUUCUGUUCUGUUCUGUUCUGUUCUGUUCUGUUCUGUUCUGUUCUGUCCUGAUCUGUGCGCUGUAACUGGCCAACAAAAAUGAUCCACCAAUGACAACGAUCUUUUCCAAGAACAGAACAGGAAGUCAGAGAGAUUAAACAGGAAGUUAGGAAAAUUUAAAAGGAAGUUUCUCUGUAUUGGAAUACUGCCGAUAUGAACAUCGCAAAAUCCCAAAGGGACUUGCAACGAGUUUUUCUGUACUUUUUCAAAUUUGGAGAGGUAAUUAGGAAACCUCCAAAUGAGUCAGGAACUCCGAAGAGGGACGCUUCACGUAGUCUACCAGUAAACAGAUCUUGAUGUAACGAUACAAUUUCAAUAACAAAAUAUGGAUUAAUAAGUUUAGGAUAGGGAAAAACCCACUGUAACAGAAUUCUGCAUUGCAUAUUUAUAGCAUAUUAAAUAUUAAUUAAAAUAAUCAAUAUUUUCCAACACAAUAUAAAAUAUUAUAUUAAGAAAUUAAAGUUAGGGAAAGACCCACUGUAACGUGUACUAUAUACAGACACUAUAAAAAAUAAUGCGGAUUAAGCACUUUAGUUUAAGCUAGGAAUCGGUCACUGGGUCAUUAUAUAUAGUAUGUGAUAUAGCGAUUAGCAAAGCCCUAUACCAUUAUUGCAGUUUACUUGAUAAAACGUUUUCAGAUUGUAUUUUACUCCAAGCAACAUUUGACGAAACGAAGCAAUUCGAAACGAUAGAAAUGGCCGAUUAAGCAUUUUGCAGAUAGGGGAGUACCCACUGUUUCAUGCAAAUAGUUCUCUCGCCUCGCAAUGGCCACAUGUCAAGAAAGGUAUAUAAGGGGUCGUUCAGACUGAGUGCCCGGCACUGGUGCCCAAUGUUCAAAAUGGUUCACAAAACAUGUUGAGCACAGUGCCGUUGUUGAGUACUACCUCUAGAGGUAGUGCCCGUUCCCGGGCACUGUGCCCAAUUUCAUUUGAAAGCGUCGUGUUCAAACUGGGAGCCAAAACAAGUGCCGGGCACCAGUGCCGGCACCCAGUCUGGACGCAGCCUAAUUAAUAUACAGGUGCGAAAUUUUCAUAACUAUAUACGACAUACAAAAUAAAUGCGACAUGUCUUAUGUACACAUAUACCGAAUUUAAUUUUCGAAUAUA